UUAACGUUACCCUCGGCGAUCUUGCAUCAUGGAAACUUUUAUUAAGCAUCACAAAAUAAUACCGGAAGUUGAUACCAUCGUUACGUCGUCGCAUUAAAAAGGUGUCAUGGCGGACAACACUCGCGAUAAAGAGAAAUCGCUGUCAAGAAACAGCAGGAUUGCAAACGGCGAAAUGCCGAAAACACAGAUUCACAAGUCCUGUUCUAAGGGCAAACAGGACACCUCCACCGCUGUCACCACGACGGAAUACUGCGAGAAAUUACAGGAAUGGAUCUGGCAGUACUACUACAGCUAUAUGAACUGGCAAAGCUGGAUAGCUAUGUCUGCGCUUUCCUUCCCACCGUGUUUCCCGACACAAGGAUCAAAUGAAACCUCCGGAGCGACGACGUGGGCUACUGAUAUGUCCAACGGAGACCUUCGCAACUGGUUAAGCAAUCCGUUUGCCUUUCCAUUACCAACCCUUCCCGUUGCAGGUAACGGAGCAGCUCCGGCUGGGAGCGCGAGCGGACAGAGCUUUCGUGCGCAUUCAACAGCACCUGCGCCGCUGCCACAACAACAACAACAGCAGCAGCAGCAGAAUGGAAAUGCUCAACAGCCAGGAAGAGAAUAUUAUAUCCCAUCACCUCUGCAACGCUUCUUGGCGGAAAUGGUGGAUUUCUUUAUUCUUUUCUUUAUUAAAGCCACAAUUAUCCUUAGUAUUGUCCACUUUAGUGGAAUGAAGGACAUUUCAAAGUUUGCCAUGCACUUCAUUGUAGAGGAGAUAGAUGAAGACACCUCGAUGGAGGAGCUACAGAAGAUGAUGCUUGUGGCUCUGGUGUACAGAACAUUAGUAUGCUUUUAUGAGAUAAUAUGUAUUUGGGGAGCUGGUGGGGCCACACCAGGGAAGUUCCUCGUUGGCUUACGAGUGGUCACUUGUGACAGCUCUGUCCUGGUGCAACCCAACCGAGUCCUUGUUGUACCGGCAACUAACGUCACUCUUUCUGCGUCAACGGUGAGAGCUUUAAACAAGAACUUCUCCAUCGCAUUCUUCUUUCCAGCGUUCAUCACACUUCUUUUCUUUCAGCACAACAGGACUGUAUAUGACAUAGUGGCCGGGACCAUUGUGGUCAAGAGAAACAGGCUUAGAUGACUUUGUCAUGAACUCAACAUUGUAAAUAAGCAUAUAGCGAAAAUGGGGAGAACCAGGCUAAGUGACAUACUGAACUGACCAAAUGCUAUUUAGCCUUUUGGAGAUCUCUCACUUUAAACACAUGGACACAGUCAUUCCAGUAUUUCUCGCUCCAUUUCUUCCUGACAUAAUCUUAUAAGCAUAAAUUGCUUUCUCAAAAGUAUUUUUUUAUUAUUUCUGUUCAAACAAUUUUGCAUAUUUUCCUUGUGCCAAAGUUAAUUAAUUUAUAAAUGAGCUGCCUCACAAUAACACCAACUUCUAGUACACUUAUGUCACCUACCCGUGUGUGGACACAAUAUUGAUUGAAAUUAGUUAGAAUAUUGUAUGUGUGUCUUCAGAAAAGGAAUGGCAUAUUUAAUAUUCAUAUUUAGUUUGGUUAUAUAUCAUAAUAUUUGAAUUUCAUAGUAAUGUUUUGUACGUAAAAAUUAAUCACUAUUUUAUGGCCUUUAGAAGCUUAAAUAACUAAAAAAAACCUUGUAAUUUUCACUGCAUGCCUUCUUCAGCUCUGUGUAAUGCGCUGCCCUGAGCCGUUGAGUUUAUCAGUUCUAAAGUUGCCUCAUUCUUUAGCAGUUUGUUGAUAUAUGCUGUUUCUUUGGAUUGCUUAGAUAUGGCCAAAUCAGAAAAAUGCAGUUAUGCCCCAGAGUAGUCAGCUCAUUUUAUUUAAAGAGUUUGUUUUGCAAUGCACAAUGCAGUAUUUUGGCAGUACUUGUGUCUAGUUUCCAUAAAGUCCUCGUUGUGCAAUGAAUUCAAAGUAGGCUUAAAGGGAUAUUUCACCAAAAAAUGAAAAUCUUUUCAUAAUUUCUUCGUCAUUCCAAACCUGUUUGACUUAGUUUAUUCUGUAGAACGCAACAGACAUUAAGACUUUCAUUUUAUGAACACAAAACCACUGAGACAUUUCUCAAAAUAUCUGUUUUUCAUCAAUUGUUAACACACAUUUUUCAAUUUUGGGUGAACUGUCCCUUAAAGAAAAUUCUUCUGUGUUGAAUAUGGAUUAACGUAUUUAUACAUUUAACAGUUAAUAAAUAACACUGUCUUUACUGAUAAUACAUCUACUACACAGGGAUGGACAGAAUCCAUCCACUACAAUCCAUCUAACCACAUUAGUAACAUAUUAGCCUAUUUUUUCAGCAAUUCACAUGAGUCACCAGUAGAUGGAGCAAGAACACCGCAGUUUACGGUGUGCAUACUUCACUAAGGUCUUAAAAUUUGUGAAUUUAAGGGAAUGUUCACCCACAAUUAGAAUCGUUUCAUCAUUUAUUUAGUCUUGUCAUUCCAAACCUGAAUGGCUUUCUUCUGCAGAACCCAAGAGAAGAUAUUUUCGAGAAUGUUGGUAACCAAACAACAUCGGACCCUGUUAACUUACAUUGUAUGGAAACAAAACAAUCUCAGAAUAUCCUCUUUGUAUCCCACAGAAGAAAGAGUCAUAAACAUUCUUUUAAUAAAAUGAGGAUGAAUAAUCUGGGUGGACUAUCCCUAUAGAUCAGAAAAUACUCGCAUGUAUCUGUUUUAGUAUAUGGGCUUUUGUACUGCAUCCCUUCCAAUAAAGAAAAUUAAAACUAAAAUUACAGUUUUAUUAGCGAUAAUAAUUUGGUUUUGUUCAAAUGAUUUGUAAAGCACUUUACGAAGUAAUUCCUUACAAUCAAGUCAGGUUUUAGUGAAAAAGAAAAACCAAUGUGGAGAAACAUGUACACGGUUUUAUAUAAAGCGUACAUAUGUGCAUGCAUACACAUGUUAAUUUAAACAGAUGCAAUCCCAAAACACAGUAUUAAUGAAAAAUGUUGACAAAUUUGUUGUUUGAUUAAAUAUCCGUAUUGGAUUUAUACCAAUCUUAUUGUUUGGACUGGCCUUGCUAUUGUCAACUCUAUUGGACAGCUUUGUUAGAUGUCUGGUUUAUCUGUGCAAAUGUUGAUGAAGGUACAGAUGAAUCUCCCUCCACACAGAUCUGUUUUGCUGUCUGUUUCUCUCUUUCUCCCUUUCUUUGACCCAACUGCCUUGUAAAACUCCCCCUCACUAUCAGACCUCUACCACUGAUAUUUUGUUGCAGUUAUCAGUGAGCAGUGCUCAGUCAUGCUCGACGUGACUUUGUUUAUCUCAGAUUGAGCAUGCUGUGCCUACUAUAUGACGUCAGUGACUCGAUGUGGGGAGUGGACACCGUAUGACCUUCUCAAAUUGCCAUCAGGAUGGUGCUGGAAUAU